UCCAGGCCCAACGCCGGUCGUGUGGCCCUAGCUCUUCUGUCAGUCUGAGUCGGCGCGUGCGCCCCACUUCUUGCCUAGCCCAAAGCCGGUCGAGGGGCGACGCCUCGAGAUUAAACCGAGGAAGUGCGGGAGGCGGGCCCGCGCCGGCGCAGUAUUCUUGGCGAAGCCGGGGUUUUUGGCUGCAGGGGCAGGUACCAUGGCGGAGCAGCAGGUGAUCGGUGAUGGACCUUCGGCCUCAGACAGUAACUCAGAGAAAACGUCCAAGGCCGCGGCAGAGUCCCCGGAGUCCCGGGACUACGAUAGCAACUGCUUGUUCUGUCGGAUUGCUAGGCAGCAGGAGACCAGCACCGAACUCCUGCCCUGUGAGAAUGAAGACCUUGUGUGCUUCAAAGAUAUAAAACCAGCAGCACCUCAUCAUUAUCUUGUAGUGCCAAAGAAGCAUAUUAGAAAUUGCAAUGAUCUAAAGAGAGAGCAAAUAGAAUUGGUGGAGGACAUGGUAACUGUUGGAAAAAGCAUUCUGAAAAAGAAUGAUUUCACUGACUUUUCAAAUAUGAGGAUGGGUUUCCAUGUACCACCAUUUUGUUCCAUUUCACACUUGCACCUUCAUGUUCUGGCACCAGUCAGUCAGUUUGGCUUCUUAUCCAAGUUGGUUUAUAGAAUAAAUUCUUAUUGGUUUAUCACGACUGAUUAUUUGAUUGAAAAACUAAGAACAUGAAAAUACCAACAGUGGAAGACUUUCCUAAUCUUGGCUCAGUAUAAACUAAUAUUUUGAUCCCUUUGAAUUCUAAUUGCAAUUUUAAGAUUUGUUGGGUUUUAUCAGAGGCUGUUGCUGAGUAACCUUGAAAUCUUUUCUGAAUGUCUAUUUCCUUAGGUCUGUGAUAUAGUUAUAUGAAUACUUUGUCAUUGACUUUUUUUGUUUUAAUGGUUGUCUAAGGAUUUUAUGCAUAAGAUAUUAUAGAUAAAAUUAACUUAAAAUCAAAUUGCUAAGAAGGGCUCUGUGUUUUUAAAAAAGAGUAGUCUUAAUAGCAAUUUAUUUAUGAAGAUUAAACUAAUAUAAAAAGUACUUUAGUGGAACCUUCGUUACGCUGAGGGAGAAAAAUAAAUUAGAUAUUUCUUAAUCAUUCUACAUACAUUUUCAAAAUAAAGAAUACCACACUACACAGUAAUCUCUGAUCUUGCUGAUGGAAACAAUUAUAUAUGUGUCACUUUUUACUCAAAUUUUAGGUAAUAUGUUCCCAGACCCUCAUUGGGUGCCUGAAACCCAAGAUAGUACCAAACCAUAUAUAUAUUAUUUUCCUAUACAUACGUACCUGUGAUAAAAUGUAAUUUGUUAGGCAAAGUAAGAGAUUAACAAUAAACAAUAAUAAAAUAGAAUAAUUAUAACAAUAUAUUGUAAUAUAUUGCAAGCAUCACUAUUGUCCUUUGGGGCCAUUAUUAAAUAAAAUGAAAGAUUGCUUGAAUACAAGCACUGUGAUACUAUGAGAGUCUGAUAACUGAGAUGGUUACUGUGUGACUAACAGGAGGGCAGUGUAUACUUUUGCAUCCCAGGUUGGAUAGAACAGGAUGGUAUGAGAUUUUAUCAUGCUACUCAAAAUGGGUACAAUUUAAAAUGUAUGAGUUAAUUUCUCUAAUUUUUAUUUAAUAUUUUCAUAUUACUGUUGAUAAGGGGUAGCUGAACUGUGGAAAGUUUAACUGCAAGAAAGUGAAAUCUCAGAUGGGGGGCUAAAAUAAUGUAAUUUUCUAACAGGGAUUUACAAUAACAAGCAAUUGGUUAUCUAACAAUUCACUGUAAUGGAAUACCUGUAAGAACGUAAAAGAGGAAGAAGCAUAAAAUACUGUAUUAAAACUGGCAGAAACUGUU